AUGACUUUCCAGUGGACGGCAGUUGCCGCCUUCCUGUACGGGGAAAUCGGAGUACUUCUGCUGCUCUGCCUGCCGUUUAUUUCUCCGCUGAGAUGGCGGAAGAUUUUUAUGAUUCCUUUGUGGAGAAAAGUGGUAGUUUUUUUGAACAAGAUGUUCCUUACAAUAAUAGUUUUACUGAUCGUCUUGUUUCUUGAUGCCGUUAGAGAAGUCAGGAAGUACUCGGCCGCUCAUGUGACUGGAAGGGCUGUAAAUAUCCAUACCAAUGCCUGUGAUCAUACUCAGAUGAAACUCUUCAGAUCGCAAAGAAACCUCUAUCUUUCAGGUUUUUCCUUGUUUCUUUGGCUUGUAUUGAGACGUACUGUUACCCUUCUUACUCAGUUGGCAGAAGGGAUGGCAUCUCGUGCAGCUCUGGAAAUGCAAGUAAACGAUGCUACUGAAGCAGCCAAAAAAUACAUGGCUGAGAAUGAAAAGCUGCAGGAGGCCUUGAGUGAAAAAGGAAGCAGUGAAAAGAAAAAGUCAGUAGAAGCAACUGGUGAAAAGUUGAAGAAGGAAGUUGAAUGUUUGACAGCAGAGCUACAGAAGGCGUCAAAUGCUCUCCAAAAGGAAAAUAAUGAAGUGACUGCAGCUAAAAAGCAGUAUGAAGACCUUAAAAGAGAAUACAAGCAUCUCAGGAGAGAAUAUGAACAGCUUCGGGACAGUUUAAAUGAAGCAGAAGCCAAGAAAGACCUGUAG